AUGCCUUUCCUAUCAACACCCUUGACACUUGCAGCCACAGGCGGCAUCUUAGGAUCUGCAUGGAUAUCAGGUAAUAUCACUGCCCUGUCGAUCUGUGCCGUACCAGCAGUCCUCCAAAGUGGGACCACGGCAGAGGGUCUUCUAAGGGGAUGGCAUCUACAGUUCACUAGAGGAAUGUAUUAUCUACCGACGACCGGCGCGGCAAUCGCGCUGAACUACUUUUACCUAGCUUCCCGACAUAAUGGGCGUGGGCUUGAAUGGAGGGGGUAUGCAGCCGGAGCGCUGUCGAAUUUGUUACUCAUCCCCUUCACGGUGAUCUUCCUCGGCGGCAUUAAUGGCAAAAUGAUCGCGGCUAACUCAGGCACGGGAAAGCAGCUGAGCCAAGAGGCUGUCCGCCAUCUGAUUACUUUAUGGGGAAAGUUGAAUGCCGUUAGGCUCUUUAUGCCGCUAGCUGGAGCUGCUCUGGGGUUGUGGAAUCUCUUACAGUGA